GGACAGCCUCUCACACACCAUCUCUAUAGCCUCACCAACUGGGAAACUAACUCACCUGCAAAUCUCUCCAACCAAAUAACUCCCCAACAGUUUUUUGUGUUAUUUUUUUUUCUUACUACUGCCAUCUGUCAUGGAAACCCAGCAAAGACACGGACACCACUCACUUUGCCACACCUGCCGGAGAACGGAGAGCAGCAGAAUGAAGUUCAAGAAGAUGUCUUCGACCAGUCGUGCGCUGCUGUUUGCACUGGCCCUGACGCUCUACGUUGUGGAAAUGGCCUCGGCAGAGACGCUGUGUGGGGGAGAACUGGUGGAUGCGCUGCAGUUUGUCUGUGAAGACAGAGGCUUCUAUUUCAGUAGGCCAACCAGCAGGAAUAGCAACCGGCGCACCCAGAACCGUGGGAUUGUAGAGGAGUGUUGUUUCCGUAGCUGUGACCUCAACCUGCUGGAGCAGUACUGUGCCAAACCCGCCAAGUCUGAAAGGGACGUGUCGGCCACCUCUCUACAGGUCAUACCCGUGAUGCCCGCAAUAAAACAGGAAGUCCCAAGGAAGCAGCAUGUGACCGUGAAGUAUUCCAAAUACGAGGUGUGGCAGAGGAAGGCGGCCCAGCGGCUCCGGAGGGGUGUCCCUGCCAUCUUGAGGGCCAAAAAGUUUCGGAGGCAGGCGGAGAAGAUUAAAGCCCAGGAGCAGUCAAUCUUCCACAGGCCCCUGAUCAGCCUUCCCAGCAAACUGCCUCCCGUGUUGCUCACCACGGACAACUUUGUCAACCACAAAUGAGCCCGCUGCCAGCCCUUUGCACAGACAAGAGUUUUGAGGGUGAAAAAAAAAAGCCUAGGGGAUUAUAGCUUUGUCUCUGACGUCAUUUCUGUGGCAGUCCUCUUUGACCUCCCCUGCCCUGUCCGAGCCCACCAAUCCCUGCCCCCCCCUGCUCUCGUCCACCACGUCUUGAACCCCUGGCCCUUUUUUCUAAUGCCCCAACCCACCCCCCCUGUUCCCCCCCCAACCCCAACCUCCAUCCCUCAACCCCACCCACCCUCCUCCGGCACACAAACAUGCCUUCACAUUCUUCCUGUCUGAACUCUUUCGCUCCCUCUCUCUUUCAGUCACUGAUACAAAAGGCACAAACACAAAUGUUGAACAAAAAGUUAACAAUUCGGCUGAGUGCAAUUCAGGUGGAUCCUUAAAGCAAAAGAGAAAAGGGAAGGGAGAAAAGAAGAUGAAAGAGAUCUUGUGGUUUGCAAGUGUCAAGAGGACACCUAGCGGAAUGUUUUUUUGUCCUUGUGGAAGACAACUGAAAGUGAAGAGCAGCUUGCAUGAAAGAAUCCAUUCCACAUCAUUUUUUUUUUCCCGAGGCAAAAAAGAAAAAUCUCUGUUAGUUCUUUUUCUUAUUAGUUUGCACCUCUACCUAUAAAGGGACUUCCACACUGUAAGGAAUUAUUUUGUAAAAUUAGAUUCCUGUUCCAGCACCUUUUGAUCACAAACAAAAAGCAGAAAAGAGUCUGCAAAAUUGCACAUUGCCACGGAUUACGUCAAAGUAAAGAAAAAAAUGGCACUAUUUUUUUAUGAACAAUGAACGUGUAGCUUAAAAAAAAUGUCAUGGUGCUAGCUUUGGGAAUGGACCCAAAGAAGAGGUUGAAAAGCACGUUUUUUUUUUCUUUUUUUCUUUGAAUGAAAUAUUAAAACUUUCCGUUUUAAGGAAAGUGUGACUUUAAAAAAAAAAAAAAAAAAAAAAAAAAAAAAAAGAGGAAAAUAAAAGGAUAUGGGGGAGCUCCUGGCAGUGGCAAUGUCAAGGGGGAAGAGUCACUGAGGAAAAAAAAAUGGGCUGUGUUGGCAUCUAGGCUCAUGGCGAGUGCUAGCGGCUGCUCGCUGCUAGUUUGCCGGCAUAAGCGGGCAAAGAGGGGGACCUGAGAUCCAGCCCCUGUUCCUCUGGUCCUUCUGAGGCUGCCGGACACACGGAGCAGUUGUGGGGACACACAUAUGGGACACAGUGGACCGCCUGGAUUGGGACAGUACUAUAGUUCCGGGACAGUACUUCCAGUUCGCCGUGGCUUUGCAGACUGCUCUGACAGGAAGAACAUGGACAUGGCAUGGACAAAGAACGAGUGGGAUAACGAUGAUUAUAUUUUAUUUUGUCUUUUUUCAUAUCAAUGUUUCAAUGGAAAAAAAAA